UGUCUCUCUCUCUCUCCCACCCUCCCUCCCCCUCCCUCCCGGGUGAGCACGCGACACCAGUCAGUGUGCACGAGGACAGCCUUUCAGAGCGCUUGAGCACGCGCGGCGCUCUGUCUCGUCCUUUUCCGCACUAACGCGUUUAUUUUAAUUGCUGCUCGUUUCUAACGGUGACGUCGAGCGGCUGGCCGCCGUUUACCGACACCGUCCAACUUCAAACCGCCUUUUAAUUAAACAUCUCGGGGAGAAAUGUAACUUUUUUCCACCUUAAAAGUCCAUUUUAUUAGGCGGCUGCGUGUUUGGUUCACGACGCGUCAGGUUGUGGUUCACCUUUGUUCCGGGGCGUCGUGGUACUGACAUGUGGUUCCAAGCCGCUGCCAUAGUCGGAUGUUAGCUCCCUUUAGUUCUGGACCCGGACCAAAGGGGACAAACCGAACUAGCGUGGGUCGCGGCUCUGUUCCGGUUUAAAGCAGGAGGAUGGUGCCACGGUUCCGCCUGGUUCUGCUGCCCUGGUUCUGUUUAUGGAGCCAGGACUAGAACUGUUGGACCAUGAAAGCUCGAUGGACCCGGACCAGGCGGUGUUGUCCAAUGGGUUCUGUUGCUAUGGCAACAGUGUGGAAUGCUGCUGGGGCUGGAGGCAGACGGACCAGGGACAGUGUCAACGUGACGACACAAACACACACGUUUAAGCCCUGAGAAGUUGUAGUCAGCUAGAACAGACCAUACAGGUGGUUUUUCAUUAUGUGUACACAGCAGCAUCGGGUUCAAGUGCCUUCCAGGUCAUCGCUUUAGACUGAGUUCGUUCCUUCCAGGUGGACCUUGGCUCCACCUCCUUUCAGUGAGGGGUCAGCUCAUCCAAAUUCCUAAAACUACAGCCCGUCUGUGAUGUGUUGGGUUUUCUCUCUUCAGGUUUUGACACGUGUGACUAACAUUUCUGCCUCCUCUCCAACACCGUGAAGUGAGCGCCGGUUUGCUUCUGACUUGGCUGAACCACCGGCCGAGACGUGAACAGGUCUCGUUAUCAGCUUGAAGCUCCCAGUGUUUCUGUACAUGAUGUUUCUGUUUAAAAUCAAAAGUCUGUUCUACAGAGUGGAUGUCAGUUACUUUGGUCAGCUUCAACUUCUAUCAGAGAAAAUGGUCUUGUCGUUUGUCAGUGGACGGUACCAGCACUUUUUCACAUCUGCAUGUUGUCAGGCAACGUUAACAGCUGUGAACAUUUCCUUUAGCACAGUCAAAAAUAAACCCGAGGGCUCAUCUGUCUGCAGCCGCUGUUUGAACCGAAGGAAACGACCUAAAAUCUAAUGCUCAUGUUCCAGAUGUUGAGUUAGUGGGUUAAACAAUGAACCAUCACUGCUUUAAAUGUACUUACUGGAACUUUGAACAGAUGUUUCAGAUGUUGGUACGGCCAGACACGUUCCUACAGUUAACUCCCUAAAAUCUGUUAACAGCCUGUGUGUGUGCGUGCGUGUGUGUGCGUGCGUGCGUGCCACAGCUCUGCGUCAUUUGAUUUCCCGUCAUUGCUCUGCCAAAAAGCGAGAGACACAUUCCUGUCAUGCUCGUCUGAGCUGUGAAGGCGUUUUACCUGAAGACCCCAACAACACCAACUCACUGCUGUUUCCAUACGUAGACCAACACGCAGACACACAGGCGUCCUCCACCCAGCCGCACACACACUGUUAAUGUCCCGACUCUAAAACAACAUCUGGCUUCACACACACACACAUAAAUGGUCGCUGUGACGAAUGGGGCUGAAGGUCAAAGGUUAACCCCACGAGCCAACAGUGGAAGCAGAGAGAGGCGUGCUCCGUGUUUAAUGUUCGAUUACCUGUCCCCUCCCAGAUCUGAACGAGUGCGGCCUGAAGCCUCGGCCCUGCAAACAUCGCUGCAUGAACACAGCGGGCAGCUACAAGUGUUACUGUGUGGACGGGUACGCGCCGCAGCCGCACGGCAGCUGCAGGAAUGCUCAAACCUGUUACCAUGCCAACUGUCAGUACGGCUGUGAGGUCAUCAAGGGGGCGGUCCGAUGCACCUGUCCAUCGCCAGGGUUACGGCUGGGCCCAGACAGAUGCACCUGUGUCGACGUCAACGAGUGUGUGCUGGGCGGCGGUGUGUGUCCUCGUUGCAGGAAGUGUGUGAACACGUUUGGGAGCUUCCUGUGUAAAUGUCACCUGGGCUUCAAACUCGUGUACAUCAACGGGCGCUACACCUGCGUCGAUAAGGACCCUCGGCCAUUCUGCUCCCUGAAUCCAUCUUCUCCAAAGUGCAGGUGUAAAGACGCCGGCUGUAAAGCCGUCCCCAAAGUCACAGAGGAGCCGCAAAGGCCAAGAACUACAACUCCCAUCACCACCACUGCUUCGCGUCCUCCACUCACUAGUGCUACAGCUCAGUCAGCCACUACCACAGCAGCCUCUCCACCUCCUCCUACACCUGUUGUUACUACUGCUCUUCCCACCACCAUCCCAAGUACAGCUCUUACUAUUGAUACUACUACUGCUGAAAGUACAAGUACUGCUGCGAGUACCUCCACCCCUCUGCCUACUGCUACUGAACUGGAUACUACAGCUCCCACUACUACAACUCCAGUAACAGCUGCCAUUAUGACUACAGUGGAAACACCAGCCGCCACGGUUCCCUUGACAACCAUGAUGCCCUCCACGGUCUCCUUGGUAACAACCACAGUGAAGAACAGGAUCAGCAAGGAUGUGAUGUACAGAAGAGAGGAGACGUGCACAUCCCUCGAUACCCCAGUAACAACCAGGUGUGGGAGUUUGAUGUCGAGCUGGGGAACACGGCCAGAGAUGAUCCUGGGAGUUGUCCACAUGGUGGGAGUCUUUGGGUGGCACGUUGGCGGUAGAUGCAUGUCUGGAGAACCGUGUUCCAUUAUGAUGUCCUGGACAGGGCAGGUUCCAGUCCAGGGCAUCAGGCUAGCUACAGAAAUGAAGAAGGGUUUUAGUUAAAACGACAGACCUCCAGCACUGUAA